ACACCAUCUCGGGACUCUUCGAACUCGCCCUCACUCUUGUUUACAAACGAGACGAUUCUGAAGAAAAUGAGUUUUAUGAAGAAAAGGAUGAAUUUACGGCCAUAAUAAGACUCGAAGAUGGAGUCACCUGUCAAGAAUACUUCCGGAGAGUCUCCAGACGUGACAGGAGUGUCGCGCUCAGGGAGGGUGAGGAAGAAAUCAUCAAAGUUAGCAGACUUCGAGUCUCCGGAUGAGAUCGACACCAGGUUUAAGCGUAAAACUGACAGGCCGCAAAAAUCACCACAAAAAGGUAGUGAUGUAUAUGAUGAAUCAGAUGGUGAGAUUGAUGAUGACUUACUUGAAGUAAAAGAUGAGCCUUUAGAAGUUGAUGAUUGGGGAGACAAUGAUGAUGGUGAUGAAGACAUUGUAGAGGGUGAUGAUAAUGAUGAUGGGGAUGAAGGGAAUGAUCCCUUGCAUGUUGAUGAUGACUCGACCGAUAUGCCACGAGAAACCUCUAAUUAUAGCCAGGCUCAGUCUCUGUACCUGUCUGAGAAACAAGGUAAAAAGAACAUCAUGCUGAAGGACGGCCAGGUUGUGCAGAGAAAGAAAGCGCAGCGCAAAGAUAAAGGAUCAAGGCGAAUCAGCCGAGAAGGAAGCAUGAUGCAAGUGGAACUCCUCAUCAGUUUAGUGCAAGAACGACGUGCUAUUUAUGAUCCUAGUGAUCCUGUGCACGGUAAUCGUUAUGUAAUUGCUGCGUUAUGGAAUGAUAUUGCUACAGAAAUGAAAUGCAAAGAAUCUGAUUGCAAGGAGAAAUGGCAGCAAUUAAGGAGCAACUUUAUGAGAGAAAAAAGGAGAUUUACUACUCAUACAUCUGGAUCAGCUAGCAUCAAAGCCAAGAAAUGGGUAUUCUACAAUGCUAUGGAAUUCCUCAUACCCUAUGUGACACCACGAACCAGAUCAUGUAAUGUACCACCACCCCCUAAUGAGGACAUAAAAUCUGAAUUUGAUAUGGAUGAUGCUGCAUCUGAUGAUACUUCAUCAACUACUAAUAUCACGGAUGCACCUGACAGUGUGCGUUCUGUACAAACAGCAAACAACAUUGACAUCUGUGAAGGGGGAAUUACGAGGACGUCUACACCUGUUAUCAAGCAGCCAUCAUCUUACACAAGGAAGCAUAAUGCCAGCAAAAGAUGUCGCUGCGAGCUUCCAAGUGAUGUAGAUGGGCAAAUCAUGGGGGAGUUGCAAAAGUUGCGAGAACAAGCAGUUUGUAAAAAUGAAAAUGAAUCUGACCCAGAUCGCCAGUUCCUGUUAAGUCUUCUCCCUCUUUUUAAACAAUUGUCACCCAUCGACAGUAUUGACAUUAAAAUAGAAAUACAUCAGGCCUUUCGUAGAAAACUCGCCAAGGACCAAAACUCUAGCUAUGGUUACUGGACUGGCCAACACCAAUACCUAUCUCAUAAUACACUAUCACCGUGUGCUAGUGAUAGUGCUUCUUCUGAGUUCACUUAUUUGUGAAAGGUAUCUUUUAAGUUGGAGGACAUAACAGUUAUGUCACACAUUUAAAAAGUAGAAAGUAAAAAUAUAUAACCAUAUCCAUAAUGCUUUCUGUUGUCAUUUUUUUAAAAUAUGCAGAAUAAUAUUGCCUAGUACAGCAAUUCCCUCUAUAGGUCAGUGCAGUACAUGUAAUUUCUACUGUAAUAGAAGCCUAAUAGGUAAAUAUAAACUGUUAAACCUACCUUUGCAUCCACAAUAUUGUAUCCAUAACCAGAAAUAAAGCAUGUCUAUAUUUU